GGCUCUUCCGGCGGGCGGACAAUGCGGUUCCGAGUCGCGGUGCUGGGCUGCGGUGGCGCCUGUCCGUAGCCGGAGGCAGGAGCGGCCGCGGGUGCCAGCGCGGGGACGCGGCCCGACGCUACAGGUGUGCAAAAAUGUCAGAAAGAUCAGAUAUUCUUCAUUUCAAGUUUGACAACUAUGGAGAUUCAAUGUUACAGAAGAUGAACAAACUGAGGGAAGAAAACAAGUUUUGUGAUGUCGUGGUCCAUAUAGAUAAUGUUGAAGUUCAUGGGCAUAAAAUUGUGUUUGCUGCUGGCUCUCCUUUUUUAAGAGAUCAGUUCUUGCUGAACGACUCCAGAGAUGUAAAAAUCUCCAUCCUGCAGAGUUCAGAAGUGGGGAGACAGCUGCUUCUCUCCUGCUACAGUGGCACUCUGGAGUUCCCUGAAAUGGAACUGGUGAACUACCUGACUGCCGCGAGCUUUCUGCAGAUGAGCCACAUCGUGGAACGGUGCACUCAGGCCCUGUGGAAGUUCAUCAAACCCAAGCAACCGCUGGAGAGCAAAGAGUGCGAACAGCAAAGCGACUCUUCAGAGCUGAAGGAACAUCAGGGAGAUGAUGACUCUCUGCAGCAAGACUCGCCUUGUAUUCAGCCUUCAGAAGACAGCAUGGACAUGGAGGAUAGUGAUAUUCAGAUCAUCAAGGUGGAGUCCAUCGGGGAGGUAACAGAAGUUAGGAAUAAGAAGGAUCAGAAUCAGUUUAUUUCUUCUGAACAAACUACACUGCAUUCCUCAGAGCCUCAACACUUUCUUAUCAACUCCACUGUUGAGAACAGAGCAAGUGAAAUAGAGCAAAACCACCUCCACAACUAUGCCCUUUCAUAUGCCGGCAGCGAUAACAUCAUUCUGGCCUCUAAAGAUAUGUUUGGGCCUAACAACCGAGGGAUAGACAAAGGCCUCCAGUGGCACCAUCAGUGCCCAAAGUGCACAAGAGUAUUUCGGCAUCUGGAAAACUAUGCUAACCACUUAAAGAUGCAUAAACUAUUUAUGUGUCUGCUCUGUGGCAAGACAUUCACUCAGAAGGGCAAUCUCCACCGGCACAUGAGAGUGCACGCAGGCAUCAAACCAUUCCAAUGUAAGAUCUGUGGGAAAACGUUCUCUCAGAAAUGUUCCUUACAGGACCACCUCAACCUGCACAGUGGGGACAAGCCCCACAAGUGUAACUACUGUGACAUGGUCUUUGCGCAUAAGCCCGUUCUGAGGAAACACCUUAAACAGCUGCACGGUAAAAAUAGCUUUGACAAUGCCAAUGAAAGAAACGUGCAAGACAUAACAGUGGACUUCGAUUCAUUCACAUGUAGCGCUGCUACAGACAGUAAGGUCUGUCAGCAGGCUGAUGCCAGCCAGGUACUGGAUGCAGGGAAGCUGCCUCAGGCUGUGCUUGGUUUAAGAAACGAUAGUACCUGCGUCAAUUAAGCAAUUAAAACUCUUCCUGUGUAGGGAUCGUGACUGAGAGGAGCAAACCGUUGGUUUGGCUUCUUCCCUAAACUAGUGGUGUGCCCUGAAAGGCUACAGAUGGUUGGAUUGCAAAACCUGGCAGGUCUUCAGCCAUCGCUCUUAGUCUUACUUGAUAUUUUCUGUGAAUAGCAAUCCUCCUUCAGGUUUCUGUCUGUCUCUACUGUGGAUUAAGGGGUUAAUUGUUUCAUUUCUCUCUGAUUAGGAGACUCAAGACUAACACCUUUUGAAAGACUGUUGCUGUGGGCUGCAAGUAAACCAUCUGCUGUGCAGUUAGAGGCCUCUCUGUGUCUGGGCAGAUGGAGGAGAGCAAAGAGGACAAGUGUGUGUGAGAUAACCCAAUAUUUUUUUUCAAAAAGCACUGGAUAACUGAAAACACUCCAUCUACUCAAAUUUAAACUUACCUCUUAAAAUUACCUUUCUCUGAUCUUACCCCUAGACUCCUGCAGUUGAAAUGAAGUAUUUUUGUGUCACUUUUUUGCCCUUUCUAAACCUAUUUCAAGAAACUUCUGCUGCCAAUCAAUGCUCUCUUAAAAACUCUCAGGGUUUUUAACCUCAACAUGCAUUAUGAAAAGAUGAAACCCUAAAUGAUUUGGCAGGGUUAGCUGAUCAUUGCAUAGAGCUGUUCAAACUGAGGAUAAAUUGCAGCUCUGGAAUGUGAGAGGCUGGUCCUGGAGUGCAAAUGUGACCUGUUCUUACGCUGACAUACCUGGGAUUUUUAAAGGGCACUUACCAGUGCAUGUACUGAGACAAGCUAAACACUUCAAAGCUAAAAGUUAUCCUCCAUCUUCUGUAAGUUUUGCAUCACAAACCACAACAGCUGUUGGGUUUAGAGCAAAGCUGGAGUGGAGAAAUACUGCUUUUUGACACUGUGAAAAGAAUCUUUUUAAAGCUGCAAUGGGUAACAACUCCAUGAUUUUUUUUUUUGCUUUUUUUCCCCCCUUAGUUCUUGUAUGUCUCUCCUUGAUGUCUAAUAAGGGCCACAUGUCACUUAACUUUAAACAAAAAUACCUGCUAUAAGAGCUUAACAUAAAGUUUUUGAUUUCUUGAACUUUUUGAAGUGACCGUUAGUGUUUUACAGAUCCUAGGAUGAGAUAUAGGUAGCACAAUUUCUAUAAGUUAAUAUAUCAGCUGUUGACUGUACUCAGCAAUACCUCUUGUAUACCGCCUUAAACAUCAAAUGUAGCGGGAAUGGCAUGUUAAUUUGGAUUCUGGGAUUAUACCAUACUGCUUCUCAAAAGUGCUGUGGAAUUAUCCGCAUCCCAGUCAGGCUGAAAGAAGCUUGAUUUAUCUGAGGCACACCAUUCCCAGUAGAACAGCACUGUUAGUACUGAAGUGUAGCACAGACUAAUAAUCAAAUGGCUGAUCCUCGGCAGAGAACUGCUGUUUGUGUUUGGAAUAAGGAUUUCUUCCAGUGCAGCUCUUUUCCACAAGGUUUGCCGUGAGGCUGAGAUUAUGCUUCCUACCUAAACGUAGUACUGUUGGUGUGUUUGAAUGAGGGGUGGGGGUGAAAGGCUGCUAUUGUAUGGUUAAAAAUGUUAAACAGGUAUGACCAAAGGUGUGUUAGAGCAAAAAGUGUUGUGUAUGUCAUUAUCAAAAAUUGGUCUUGCUCUUUGGUUUUGUGUGUGUAGAAGUCAGGAUUUCCUUACGCAGACAUUACACUGAUGGACGUUAAAACACGUUAAUGUUGCAGAACGUUUUCAGAUAUCCACAUACUUUGAAGUAGAAAAAAAAGGUGAUUCUAUGAAUCAGUUUUUGCAAUUGAGUUCUUGAACUACUGCACUUGACUGUUACACGAACUCUUAUAUGGACGGCUAUGAAGUAAGCAAAGGAAAUUACAUCAGGGCAUUCAUCUUUCAAGUUGUAGCAAAUAUAUUUAGGCCUAAAGUCUAACUAUUUGAAACUUUUAAAAUUAUUGUUCAGGUUGCUGGGGUAGAAGAUAGGUUUGCAUGGGAAGAACUGUUUUUCCUCUUGAAGCCACCCACUUUCAGAGUUGUUUUGAACUAAAUUUCACUGUGACAGUUGCAUCUGACACCUGCAUUCUGUCUUCAGGCAAAAUCUUCUGUAUUGUUCAAACAUCUUGAUAAUGUAUUAUUCACUAAAUGGAAAUAAGUUAUAGUGCUAUGUCAAAAUGAAGAUAGACGUGGAGAACAAGAGUUUGCAGAGCCAGAUCAACGUGCUGUAAGGUACUAGUGAACAAUCCAAGGCAAUAUGAGUAUGGACACAAAAAAGAAAAUGGUCUUCUGCCACAGAAAGGAAUAAAACUGCACAAAUGCUAGAAAACAUGGCACCAAAAUGGACAGUAUUGAAAGUUUUGUCUAUCUGGAAAGUUUUGGUUUUUGUGAAAUUAUGAAGCUGUCAUGUUACUCUAAGGAGAAUACAGCUUGUUGAAGUAGCUGUGGGUGACUUGAAGCUGAUAUGAAGAGACAAGGGGUUUCCUAAGAAACAAAAGAAAUCAUUUGGUCAAGAUGCAUAGGUGUUCAGUCCACCCUGUGCUGUGGUGAUCUGGACGUCUGAGAAGGCCAAGACUGCUGGGCUGCUCAGUUAAAGGCUGCUGUGGUCAUUUAGCAAGAGCACAGCAUAAAUAAAUAGGAAAAAGCAGAAAUGCAGAAGACUUUCUUCACUGAAAAUGGACACAUCUGUUGGAUGAAAAGUGACUUUUACUAAUGUCUGCUUUUAGCCUGGCAAAAGGGUGCAGACCAAAAGAUUUAUGCAGGAGAUGGCUGCGUGACUCCAGAAACACUGGAGCUCUGAGGGCAACACACUGAUGCAAAGUGCACUGGUGGUAGAGUUCAUCUAGAAUUUGCCCCUAUGUAGAAAAACAAGUGAAGAGUAUAGAAGAGGUAAUAGAAGAGCAAAAUCUGGCUAAUGCUGCUUCUCUGAAUUACAGAUUAAAAUGGAAUGAGAAUUAUGAUAAAUGGAAUAUGCAGAGGCAGCUCAAUUAUAGAAUAAGGUGAAUUUAAUUGUCCAUGUAUGUAAAAUGUUGUCUUCAUUGCAAUGUCCCGAGUAGUGAAAGAUUAGAUCCGUUGGUUGUUGCUACUGAUGCUGCAUAUUCAGAUGAGGACUAUGGCAGUUAUCAUAAUCUGUGUGUUACUGUGUAGAAUACCAUUUGCUGGUAAGUGGAUAGUCUCACAACUUAAUGUGCUGUACAACUUCCUGCAUAUCCUAAAAAUAACUGAAGUCUAUUACAAAAGUAUUUUAAUAACUCCUCAGUAUAUUAGGAUUUUUUUUUUUAAGUUGGCAUUUUAUUUAUUUAUAUUAUAUAGAAGAAGGAAUUUUUAGAAUUUAGGUUUGCCAGAGGUUUGGGCUCACCACUUCUCUGAGUGAUGGUAGCUUGUGUAGCAUGUGUUCCUGCAGCACAUGCUGCAACUGCACAGCCUUCUGUAUAGAUCAGGGAUGAGUCUUUCCUUAAUUUAUUUUUCUUUUAGAAGACGUGUUUUGCAAGUUAGUAACUGAUUAAUUUGAAGUGUCAGUCUUUCUCUCCCCUAGCUUUUUGGCAAAACUUAGCUGCCGCUGAACUUUUGUUGAAAUAACAUAGAAAUUGUGUGGGGCUGAUUAUGGUUUUGGAGUCACUGGGAGGAGGAGUACAAGUGAGGAGGGAGAAUCAAAAUGUGAUACAAACUGAAACUGUUGAGAGAACUCUAAAGUCACGUUAAAUGUUAAUUUUUAUAAACAAAGAGGGGGACAUAGUGGUGCCUCCCGACUUGGUAAGGGGUGAGAAGGCAGGACGGAACGCCUUUCCUUUGAGAUUGUAUAAUCGAUGGACUGAGCAUUAGCUACCUCUUCACUGACUGGGCAAAAGUCUUACACUACGUGUGAUAACCAAAGCAGGCGGGUCGGCGGCUGCCGGGCGAUGUCCCGUGGCCGUGAAGAAGCCAGCAGCUCGUCCCGGCGGCGUUCGGGGCGGCGGUUCGCCGUUCCCCCGGCGCGUCCCGGCUGAUGGCGAGGAGGAGCCCCGGUAGCCGCUCCCCGGGAUGCCUUACGGGGUCGGACACGUCGCUACCUCUACCGAACGAUGGGCGAGGCGCGCCCCGGUGCCGGUGCGGUUUCCCCCAGCGGCAGCCGCUGUAGCAGUGCCAAGUCUUCUAAUAAACGUGCUGCUAACUCUG